GUUUAUUAAGUCAAGCCCCCCACGAUAGACUACGGUCCUCUCGCGAUCCGCGGUCAUAAAGAGGGUAGCGGUUCGCGCGGUUCCAUCAGUACCACCUCGAACGCACAACAGUGCUCACACGCAAAAGAACGCAUAUAGACAUAUAGACAUGAUCGUGGUUUCAGUAUUAUGCGUAAUUGUGAUGGUGCUCUUGGUAAAAUUGUGGGCUACCAAAAUACGAAAGCCCAAAACCGCCAAACCUAUUCCCGGUCCAGAACCCUGGCCGCUAAUAGGAAGUCUCCAUCUUCUUGGCAAGUACGAAACACCUUUCGAAGGCUUUACCGCCCUCAGCAAAAUUUACGGAGAUAUCUUUAGUAUCACAAUGGGAUCCACUCCCUGUGUUGUAGUCAAUAAUUUUGAUCUUAUAAAGGAAGUGUUAAUUACCAAAGGGGGCGAUUUUGGAGGAAGACCUGAUUUUAUGAGAUUCCACAAACUGUUCGGUGGAGACCGAAAUAACUCUUUGGCUUUAUGUGACUGGUCUGUUCUUCAGAAAACCAGAAGGAGCAUCGCAAGAACGUACUGCUCCCCCAGAUUUACUUCUCUUCAAUAUGCUACUGUAAAUACUGUAGGAGCUAAUGAACUAGAUGCAUUUAUGACCGAAAUGCAAAAGCUUCCUCUAAACACACCCGUAGAUAUAAAGCCAGUAGUACUAGCAGCAUGCGCAAACAUGUUCUUGCAGUAUAUGUGCUCUACAAGUUUUCCUUAUGACGAUCAACAAUUUAAAAAAGUUGUGAGAGAUUUUGACGAGAUUUUUUGGGAGAUUAACCAGGGAUAUGCGGUCGAUUUCUUACCUUGGCUAUUGCCAAUGUACAGUAAACACAUGAGCAAGUUAUCCCAGUGGGCUGCGGACAUUAGAGAAUUUAUUUUGGCAAGAAUUGUUCAAGAUCACGUUAAUACUUUAGACUACCAUGCACCACCAAGAGACUUCACAGAUGCACUGUUGAUUCAUUUACGAGAUGAUCCGAAUAUGGAAUGGAAUCACAUAAUCUUUGAACUUGAAGAUUUUAUUGGGGGCCAUUCAGCUAUCGGAAAUUUAGUCAUGAUGAUUUUGGCAUCAGUAGUAAAAUAUCCAGAAGUGGCAAAGAAAAUUCAGGAGGAAGUUGACGAAGUGACUAGAGGACAGCGAUACGUAAACCUCUUUGAUAAAGCUGCAAUGCCGUACACUGAAGCUGUUCUAUGGGAAACAUUGCGAAAAGGAUCUUCGCCUAUCGUUCCCCAUGUUGCUUCAACUGACACCGAAAUAGAAGGUUACCCUAUUAAACGUGGCACGAUGAUAUUUUUGAAUAACUAUGAAUUAAAUUUGAGUCCGCAAUAUUGGGACGAACCAGAAAAAUUUAAGCCCGAGCGAUUCCUUUCACCGGCAGGAAAUGUUGUGAAGCCCGCACACUUCAUUCCUUUCAGUACUGGAAAAAGAACUUGCAUCGGUCAACGUCUAGUCCAAUGUUUUAGUUUUAUUAUUGUGUCCACGCUGCUGCAAAACUACAACAUAACUCCAGGCUCAGAAAUAAAAAUCAAGCCUGGAUGUGUGGCCGUACCUCCAGACUGCUUUAAGGUAAUUUUGAUACCACGAAACCUCAAAUCAAACUAAAAUCUCAGAAAUCCUAAAUAAGCGUUUGUUAAACCGCUUUGUCAGAAUGACAAAAUUUACUUAAUUAGUCCCUGCAAAAGACUAAAAAACUUUUUAAGACUGGAGUUGCUAAGCCACAUCAUUUGUAUAAUUAAGAAUCAUAAGGUAACAAUUUUCAUAUGGUAUAAGCAUCACUUUUCAUCAAAACAUUAACAGGAGUAUCAUGUAACACUCCUAACAAACACAUUAUUUAUUUUCAUAUUAAUCAUACCCUUGUAUAUACACCGAGAAAUAUCUUUUGAAUGUCUUGUGGUAUUUUUGACUCGUAUUCUAUAUACUCUAGAUCACAGGACAAACAGUUUUUUCUAUUAUUUAUUUUAAGUUUUUAAUGUAGAUUUGCACCUGGCAGAAGAUAUGACGAAGUUCUAAUUAUGAGAAUGUAAUUUUUUCAUGAUAUUAAUUGCAUUUAACUAGGAUUACUCUCUGUCAGUUGUGUUGUUAAUUGUUUGAAUCUGUUUUACAAAAGCUUUGAUAUGUUAAUUACUUUUUUCCGUAUUAUCGACUAAGCUGUUGACUUGCAAUAUUUAAUAUUUUUGUAAGAAACGUGUUUUUUAGCAAUUGACAAUUUUAGCAAUUAUAAUAAAUCGACACAUUACUGAUAAGAAUCCGUUUUUGUCAGUAUUACUAAACCUUUGUUUAAAUAUAUUGACCACACGAUGAUUUUCAGGCAACGUUAAAAUAUCUAAAAUAUAUUCUGAUUAAAUAUUUCACUAUAUCGUUGAGCCAAUUACGCACAGUAUGUAGCAGUAAGUUAGCUGCAGUCCACCAUAAUAGGCAUACAGAAUUAAUUGUAUGGUAGUUAUGGUCGACAGAGUGAUUUUAGAUAUACAGGACACAUCAUGUAGUGUGUUUCAAUCUUUUGUAAGAUAUUGUUUGUAGAUAUUAGUAAUAUAAUAGUUUAUAAAUGUUCCCACGACAGAGACUAAAUAAAUUUGUAUUUUUGACAUAA